CUUGAAAGACGCGAAUGUCGGAGAUAAACCUGUUGCAAUUGUAUCUUUGUGUGGCGACUAUGGUAAAGGAAAAUCGUUUAUGUCGAAAAUAUUUUUACAGUAUCUUGAUUACUCCAAGGGACACAGAGCCAGCGAAGAAGCUACUGAUUGGUUGGACGACAAUAUUGGAGAAGAUUCCAUACAAACGGAUGAACCUGGAAUAUUUCUGUAUCGAAAUGUUCAUAUUGUGAAUAAUAUUGCUGUAUUGGUGAUGCAAGUACAAGGAGCAUUUUCAUCAACACGACAAAUAUGUAUCGACAUCUUCACCCUCGCCGCAUUGAUAAGCUCUGUUCAGAUUUUGAAUUUACAAUCUCAAAUGCUGGGAAAUGAUAUUGAAUUCGUAAAGGAAAUUGUUGAAAGAACAGUGCCAAUAGCACCAGAAGUAAAAAUGGUCGGAAAGUGGGGCCCAAACUUUAUGUUUCUGGUGAGAGAUUGGUCACACCCAACGGAAAAACAAUUUGGUAGUAAGGGAGGAGAAGAGUAUCUUAACGGUGUAUUGAAAAGUUCAGAAUUUGAGACACAUGAUUUGAUGCAUUUCAAAGGUUACAUGGAGCAAAUAUUCAAAACUGUCAAUUGCUUUCUUAUGCCACAUCCAGGCAUGAAAACUCAAGGAAAAAGAAACGUAGAAAUUGACGAUCUAUCUGCGAGGUUUAAUGACAAUCUACAGGCACUUGUCUCCUCAGUGCUUGGACCAAAAUUUCUCCAAGGAAAAGUAGUCAGACAGAAGACGCUAACUGAGAAAGAGUUUUUGUCUCAUGUUGAAAAAUGUACUAAAGAAUUGCCCAAAUUUGAAGCCUCGAAGACUGAUUAUUCUGAAAUUCUCAAAUCGAAGAAGAAAAAUGCAAGAAAGAAUAUUCAACCAAAACCAGAAUCAGUAUCGAAGCAUUGCGCUGUUAAAGUAAUUGACAUUGAAGACGGAAAAGUUAUUCUACAUUCCGAAGAAUUUGAGAAAGUUCUCAAUCAACCUGAGAUCGGAAAUAGACCAAUUUCGGUUAUUUCAAUCUCUGGAACUUUUCGAAAAGGAAAGUCAUUCAUUCUCAAUUUUCUUCUAAGAUAUGUUCGCAACAAGGGGUACUUGCGAAAAAACGAUGAAUGGAUAGGGAAUAAAAGUGAUAGAAUUGCCGAUGGGUUUGAGUGGUGCAGCGGAAGUGAGGCGCACACACAAGGAAUAAUGAUUUUCAGCGAACCGUUCAUUAUAGCUACGCCAAAUGGAGAGGUUGCAGUUCUUUUCAUGGACACCCAGGGUCUUUUCGAUUCUAAUACGAGCAAAACCCAAAAUUUGAAGAUAUUUGCUUUCAACACCAUCAUAAGUUCAGUUCAAAUUCUCAAUAUAUCGGGAGGCAUUAACGAGAACGAUUUGGAUUUUCUACAGUUCUUCACCGAAUACGCUCGGAGAGUUACGCAGAAGAAGUCGGGUGGACCUUUUUUGCAGGGAUUAAAGUUUCUGAUUCGAGAUUGGCAACAUGUAUAUGAUCACGAGUUCGGAAGCAACGGAGGCAAAGCUUAUCUGGAAAAGUACAUGGAAACAAAAAACAAAAUUGAGGAGUUGAAGGUGGUGCGAAAAUACAUAUCUUCAGCUUAUGGCAAUAUUAGCUGUUUCUUAAUGCCACAUCCCGGACUAACAUUGGCACGAGGUCUCCCAUACGAUAAAGCAACCAUGAAUGACAUUGAUGAAAAAUUCGUGCAGCAGCUAACUCCACUUGCUGAAUCUAUACUUCAUCCAAACAAUCUGAUUGUCAAGGAACUCUCUGAUGGAAAAUCUAUGGAUUAUCGUGGUUUGUACGCCACAGCAACGAAAUGCGCUGACGCCUUCGGCUCCAUUGAUACCAACAUUAAAGUUGACGACAUAUUGGAGGUAAUUGCGAGUGCCGAAGACAAUGAAAUGAGAAGGGCUUGUUUGCAUCAUUACACCGAGCUGAUGAGCAAAUACAUUGUAGGAUGUGCUAGCGAGACUGAAGCAAAGCUGAAACACAACAAGGCGAAAUCAGAAGCAAUCAGUAAAUUUUACUCUCGUGGUAAUGAUGAAAAGCGUGUGCAAUCGAGAACUCAUGCGGAAGACGAAGUCGAUAACGCUUACACCAGAUUUCUUGCAAAGUUGAAAUACAAUAAAGCAAAAGGAAAACAUGACAUGGUUACCAGCUAUCUUGAUGCUAUUUCGUCAUACAAGAAUAAAAUGGCAAUUCUUGAAGAUAAACCAGUACCACCACCUGAAUUCGAUGCCGUUCACGAAACGUGUUGGAAAGAGGCAAUGGGUAGUGUGGAAAAAUAUGGCAACAUCUAUUAUGGUCUAUCAUCCGAGGAUGUGGAAAAAGAGAAAGCUCGUUUCUACGAAAUCUACAAAGAACAAAAUCGUAAUAGAUAUGAAGCGACUAUUGCGAGACUUGAAAUGCCAGGAAACUACAUGCAAAUGUGUCGCCGUCAUAGCACAAGGGAAGUAGAAGACGAGAUACAAGAAGGUGGAGAAGUAAGUGAAGAAUUUGCUAGAGCUAAAAAAGGUUCGCUUUACAGAUCAGCCGUUCGAGAAUUCAACAAUAGUGAUAUCAACAGAAAAGGGAACUUUCGUCAUUACAUAAACAUGUUGGAAAGAGCUGUGCAAAAAGUGGAACCUGUCAGAAUUGCGCCAAGCAAAGAGCGUCUCCUGAACAUGAAACUGAAAAAUUAUGUUGCUGAUUUUAGUCGACAGUUUGAUCGAGAGAUGGAGCCGAUCAAUGGACUCUUCAUUGGACCCGUAGCUUUAAACACAAUGGUGCAAAAAACAAAAUCAAAAUUGACAGAAAAAUUCAACGACAGAACAAAAGACGAUGAACCACGAAAUGUUGUGGAGCGACAUUGUAACGACUUAAUUCGUAGUUUGGACUCAAAGUGGGAGUCACUAAAGAAGGAAAACGAAAGAAAUCGCCGUCAUUACGAACUCGCAAAAAACGAAAUGGAAAUGAAGUUGAUUAAACGAUAUCACUCUAGCAUGGAUCAGCUUUUGCAGAGCGGAUAUAUUGUGGAAAGAAAAUUGAAAAAAUAUCACGAAGAUUUACGUCAAGUUUUACUGCAAGAUGCUGAAAACGAAGAAAUACCGCUUUACGUCGCAGAUGGUGGCAAUAAAAAUAGUUACGUCUCAUACCAGCAGUUCAUAGGUUCCUUGCAAGCAAAGUUAAAUGAUCUCUAUAAAGAGAAAAAAAACGUGGAAUAAAAAGAACCAUGGAGUGAUUGUUAGAGCUCUUGUUAAUUUCUUGGGUUAGACGAAAUGAUUCUAAUCAUUACCUUAUAGAAAUUUUGAUCACUUCACUAUAAAGUUUGUUUAAUUGAGAAUAGUUGUUGUAAUAAUAAUAAUAAAUAAUUUUUGUUGUGCAAAAAAAGAUUGUGAAUUUUUACAAAUCAACCAGAUGAAUUCAUUGAAAAAAGGCACAAUAUUUUUUAAAUUGCAAUGGACAGAGGCUGGGAUUGCUGGGUUUAGCAAUAUUAGCUCAAAAUUAUUCAGGAAUGGAGAUAGUUUCAUCUCUCUACUGCAAUAGAUAUACAGCGUGCUUCGGGCAUAUGGAAGUAUUUUGGUAAAACCCGAAUCCGUUAUUAAAUGUCAUUUAUGUGACAAAUUUUCAGUGAAAAUUCUUCUCUGAGAUAUCAUAAACAAAAGCAGCCCUAGCGACACCGGCCAGCGCUGGCAUUGUAGGAUCGGCUAAAUAGUCCGUUCCAGAUAAUUCCAGAGAAAUCGAACACAGGCGCGCA